GAAUCCAACCAACCAUCGCCUGCUCUUCGAAGUGUUUGAUGAGAACAGACUGACUCGAGACGACUUCCUGGGCCAGGUGGAUGUGCCACUCAGUCACCUCCCAACUGAAGACCCCACCAUGGAAAGGCCAUACACAUUUAAGGAUUUCCUGCUCAGACCAAGAAGCCACAAGUCUCGAGUGAAGGGAUUCCUGAGGCUGAAGAUGGCUUACAUGCCUAAGAAUGGAGGCCACGAGGAUGAGAGCAGCGAGCAGAGGGAUGACUCUGAGCAUGGCUGGGACGUGGUUGACUCCACCGACUCCGCAUCUCAGCGUCAGGAGGAGCUGCCACCUCCUCCCCUGCCCCCUGGAUGGGAAGAGAAGGUGGACAACCUGGGGCGGACUUACUACGUCAACCACAACAACAGGACCACGCAGUGGCACCGGCCAAGCUUGAUUGAUGUGGGAUCCGAGUCAGAUAAUAAUAUCAGGCAGAUCAAUCAAGAGGCAGCCCACAGGCGGUUCCGCUCCCGCAGACACAUCAGUGAGGAUUUGGAACCAGAGCCGAUGGAGAGUGGAGACAUUCCUGAGCCUUGGGAAACCAUUUCGGAGGAGGCAAGUGCAAGUGGAGAUUCCUUAAGCCUGUCCCUGCCGCCGCCGCCUGCCUCGCCCGUCUCCCGCACCAGUCCGCAGGAGCUGUCCGAGGAGCUGAGCAGAAGGCUGCAGCUCACCCCCGAUUCUAAUGGGGAGCAGCUCGGUGCUUUGAUGCAGAGAGAUCCUUCUUCAAGGCUGAGAUCCUGCAGCGUAACUGACACCAUUGCCGAGCAGUCUCAGUUAUCCCUGCAGGGCGGCCCGGCUAGGAGAGCUCGUUCCUCAACCGUCGCAGGGGGCGAGGAGCCCACGCCCUCGGUGGCUUAUGUGCAUACCACGCCAGGCCUGCCCUCGGGCUGGGAGGAGAGGAAGGACGCCAAGGGCCGCACUUACUAUGUCAACCACAACAACCGCACCACCACCUGGACACGGCCCAUCAUGCAGCUUGCAGAAGAUGGCAUGGUGGGGUCAGCAGCAAACAGCAGCAACCAUUUAAGUGAACCCCAGAUCAGGCGGCCUCGCAGCCUCAGCUCCCCCACAGUAACCCUGUCGGCUCCUCUGGAGGGAAUCAAGGACUCUCCGGUGCGCAGAGUGGUGAAGGACACUCUUUCCAACCCCCAGUCUCCACAGCCCUCCCCUUACAACUCCCCUAAACCACAGCACAAAGUUGCACAAAGCUUCCUUCCUCCUGGCUGGGAGAUGCGAAUAGCACCCAACGGGAGGCCCUUCUUCAUUGAUCACAACACUAAGACUACCACGUGGGAGGAUCCACGGCUGAAAUUUCCAGUGCAUUUGAGAUCAAAAGCAUCCCUGAACCCUAAUGAUCUGGGCCCCCUUCCUCCUGGCUGGGAGGAAAGAAUCCAUCUGGAUGGAAGAACCUUUUAUAUAGACCACAAUAACAAAAUCACGCAGUGGGAGGACCCCAGGCUGCAGAACCCUGCCAUCACCGGCCCCGCAGUGCCCUACUCCAGGGAGUUCAAGCAGAAGUACGACUACUUCCGGAAGAAGCUCAAGAAACCAGCUGAUAUUCCAAACAGAUUUGAGAUGAAGCUACACAGAAAUAACAUUUUUGAGGAGUCCUACAGAAGAAUCAUGUCCGUGAAGAGACCUGAUGUGCUAAAAGCCAGGCUCUGGAUUGAAUUUGAGUCGGAAAAAGGACUUGACUAUGGAGGUGUGGCCAGAGAGUGGUUUUUUCUCUUGUCCAAGGAGAUGUUUAACCCUUAUUAUGGUCUCUUUGAAUACUCAGCAACGGACAACUACACACUUCAGAUUAAUCCUAAUUCAGGUCUCUGUAAUGAGGACCACCUGUCCUACUUCACCUUUAUCGGCCGUGUGGCUGGCCUGGCAGUGUACCACGGCAAGCUCCUGGACGGCUUCUUCAUCAGACCCUUUUACAAGAUGAUGCUGGGGAAGCCAAUAACUCUGAAAGACAUGGAGUCUGUGGACAGCGAAUACUACAACUCCCUGAAGUGGAUCCUGGAAAACGACCCUACAGAGCUGGACCUCAUGUUCUGCAUAGAUGAGGAAAACUUUGGACAGACAUAUCAAGUGGACCUGAAGCCCAACGGGUCAGAAAUCAUGGUCACCAACGAAAACAAAAGGGAGUACAUCGACCUGGUCAUCCAGUGGAGGUUUGUGAACAGAGUUCAAAAGCAGAUGAAUGCUUUUCUGGAGGGAUUCACAGAACUUCUUCCUAUUGAUCUGAUUAAAAUUUUUGAUGAAAAUGAGCUGGAGCUGCUGAUGUGUGGCCUUGGUGACGUGGAUGUCAACGACUGGAGGCAGCACACAAUCUACAAGAACGGGUACUGCCCUAAUCACCCUGUUAUCCAGUGGUUCUGGAAGGCCGUCUUACUGAUGGAUGCUGAGAAGCGGAUUCGGUUGCUGCAGUUUGUCACUGGGACCUCACGUGUGCCUAUGAAUGGAUUUGCUGAACUGUAUGGUUCAAAUGGUCCUCAGCUGUUUACAAUAGAGCAAUGGGGAAGUCCUGAUAAGCUGCCCAGAGCUCACACAUGCUUUAAUCGCCUCGACUUACCUCUGUAUGAAUCUUUUGAAGACCUGCGGGAGAAGCUGCUCAUGGCAGUGGAAAAUGCCCAGGGCUUCGAAGGUGUGGAUUAAGCGGCCAUGUUUCCUCCCCUUGGCACCAGUUCUGCUGCCCAUGGGCGUGUGCCUGGGCCUGGGCCGACUCUGGCAGAACGGUUGCACAGCACUGGUUCAUGG